GCAUCGCGUCGAGCGACCGCAUCGCGUGACGGGUUACCCCGAAAAAUCCGAUGUAUACCCCAAAGGAAAAGUGAUGUGUUUGUGACGUUUAAGUGUUAUAAUGUACGAAAUACUACCAAAGUGCAUUGUGAUUUAAAUAAUCCAAGUUUUCUACGGCGGAUGUAAACACCGAGCCGAAAUGAUAUGAGCAUGCGCGUGGCGUGGGCCAGGUGGUACUGGGUUGUGAUACUUACCACGAGCGCCGCACGGACAGCUAGCGACUGGCUCGAUUGUGCCCACAUCGCCACCUGCAAGUGCAAGUGGUCAUCGGGUAAGAAGACCGCCAGUUGCGCCUCUGGUGACCUGCGCCGCCCGCCGACGCUCUCCUCAGAUAUACAAGUGCUCGACCUUCACGAUAACCCACUGAGAAAUCUGCCUCAGGAAGUAUUCUCUAACAUCGGUCUUCUCAACCUACAACGAUUGAACUUGCGAGCGACGAAUCUUAGAUCGAUACAUCCAGAUGCAUUUUUAGAGUUAAGGAUAUUAAUUGAAGUGGAUCUUGGAGACAACGACCUCGCGCAUCUCCCAAAAGACAUAUUCAGGGGCAACGAAAGACUACGUCUGGUUGUGUUGACGAAUAACCCUUUGACGGCGCUUAUUGCUGACCAAUUCCCGCCACUGCCGCAUUUGCGAAUGCUUUUACUAGACGGGUGUAGAUUAAGGUCAAUACACACUAAUGCUUUACGUAACUUGAAGUCGCUAGAGACGAUAGAUUUACGUAGAAACCAACUUACAUUCCUCCGUUUGAUUACGUUCUCACUGCCGGCUUUGAAAACGGUGUCCCUGUCAGGUAAUCCGUGGAAAUGUGACUGCAGAUUACGCGAAUUUAAAGACUGGUUUUUAGAGAGCAAGUUAGGAACGGAAGAUUUACUCUGUGUUGAACCCACGGCGCAGGCUGGGAACAAGUGGCGCAACGUGCCUAGUGAGAGUAUGUCGUGUCCGCCUGAAGUACGGACCAGUACAUUAGUAGUGAGAGCUGAAGUAGGAGUAGCCACUUCUUUUGGUUGUUGGGUCCAUGGAGUUCCUAAGCCUACGGUAUCAUGGCUUUUUGACGGCAUAGAUGUACAUAACAGUUCUAUUGACUGCGAUAUGGAAGAGACAGAGACAACGGUCGAAGAAGAUUCAGAAGAAAGAGUUCCUGGUAGCGUUAGAUGGGUAAACAUUACGUUAUUGAAUGUUACAUCAAAUGCAGCUGGAGAAUGGUCUUGCGUAGCAAAGAGUGUAGCAGGUGAGGCUCGAGCUAUUAUCAGCCUCGUGCUACCAAGAUCGCAAACUGCCACGGCCAGAACGGCUCCGGGAAUCCCUCAACUUCUAGGUGUGGUGUUUGGUGCUUUAGGUAUCCUAGCAACUCUUGGUUUCAUAGGCGCUGUGGCUUGCUGGCAUUUAAGAAGACGAACUGUGCCUCCCAGUAGAAGCUUCACAGACCAAGAAAAGCGCUUGAUUGAUGCGUCAGUAGUCGUCAGUUGCGAUCGCUCGAUCGGUAGUAUGGCUUCACCGUGCGAUUUUGAGAUGACUGAACAAUCCUUGGGUGACGACCAACCCAGAACAUGCAGUUUCGAUCCAGUACAUAUAACUAUUGAAGGGACGCCUGGUACGUUCCCACCACCUCCAGCAGAGUUUGCUGUACCAGUACCUUAUGGGAACAUCUUCAUAUCAGUUCAAGUCGCUGGUCGAGGCGAGCCAGGGAAGUACCCUGAUUUGCUGAGCGGUGGUGCAACUUUACCGAGAAGGAACAGAUCGUGCUGUACUGCUCCUGCUUAUGAUAACAUGGGUCCAAGAGUUACAGCGACAGGAAGCUCUACCUGGUCAUUACCAGGCGCUAGUUCAGAGCACCCUGAGGCCUCGGAGACACCAGUGCUGACCUUACCGCCGCCACCGCCUGAGUUUGUCUCGCUUUAGCCUAGGCCCCUGGUACUGGACGCUUCCACGCUGAGGUGACCUGGUACCGACAAUAUUGUCAAUUAGACUAUUCCCAUUUUAUUAUAUUUACAUAUGAUAAUUUUGACAUGAUUAAGAAUAUUUGGGACGGUAGGCGGCUAAGGGGUAGCGCUCGUGGAAAAAUGAGACUCCUAAAUCAAAAUUACCGCCAAAUCGUCAUAAACUUUAAUGAUGUAAAUAGUGAUGUGCUAAGUCGGAACGAUGUGUGACAUCCCGUGAGAUUAAUACAUAAGGUUGUUAUCGAUAUAAAUUGUAUAAUUGCAUUUAAAGUGAACUUGUUGAUAGAUUGGGAUACAGAUUGAAAUGAAAGCGUUAUGUUCAGUGUUGUUCGUAUAUCGAUUAGAAUUUUUGUGUGUUUUUGUCAACUUUGUUUCGCCCAGGACUGUUAUAUACAACGAAAAAGCAAUAAUAUUUUACUUUAUAUUCUGGUGACGGAAAUUGCAAUAGGAGGUGUCAGUUCGUUUCGAAACAAUUUUUCAUUCGCUUUGUUACACGCAGAUGAACGAAAUACUGUGAAGGGGACAAACUGCGUGCAAUAGUGACUUCAAUUAUGAUAUGUUUGAGUAUUUACACGAUGCAUAGUCCAUUAUUGAUAGCCAUUGUUGCAUGAAAAAAAAGUCUUCGAUCUUUUAUAAUUUGUGCCCAAUGGUAAUUUUAGUACAGUUAUAUGUAAUUCCGGAUAACUAUAGUAACGCCCUUCAACGGAUAAAUUACGUCGUCAUUCAUAGAAAAAAAAAUAUUUGACAGGUUUUUUUAUAGGUGUCGAGUUGGAUAUAAAUUCUCCUAGCACCUUAAUAUAUAGUUUUUUUUAUAUAUUUUUUUAAUCAAUAUAUAAUUUAAUCGAUUUACGAACAACACUAGUUUAGAUCCUUCUUUAUUUGUUUCGUAGGCGUUUAUGUUGUACGUGUUUCUAUAAGUGUCUUCCUAACUUUUGUAAAUAUUGUUUAUUAUACAAACUUCCCAAAUAUAAGACUGACCCUUUUGUCUUGUUUUCGUCUGUCUUUUUAACUAUAAGCUAGCGCCAUGUUAGUCGGAUAUUGGAUGUCAAAGACUAGAAAUAAUUCUUCCCAUUUACAGAACACUAUGGUUUUCUACAUGCUUUAUUAUCUGUUUUACCUUGCGUUAUAAUUUAAUCAUUAAUAACAGAUUUUUUUGAAUGAUUCACUACAAGAAUUGUUUAAAAAAUUCUACUUACAACAUUUAAAAUUUCGUUUUCAAAGAUCAUAGUUAAAUUGACUUUUAAAAAUAAUAAGUCAUUUUUUCCGAAUCCGUCUAACGUGGCGUAUUAUUAUGUAUAAACUGUACACAUUAGUGUAAAGCGAAAUAGCUUCUAAACAUUUUCUUUGAAAGCAAAAAUAUUUAAUGUAAAAGAAAU